AUGAAUUCCUAUCUGCUCAACAGAGCCCUGGGCUCUGUCGCUCCAAAUGAAUUCCACACCGCGCAGACGGAGCGCUUAGUGCGCAACCUCGAACCAGCACCGGGGAUUCGCUUCUCCAGUCGCAAAGCCGUACCAGAUCAGUCUGAAGAUGACACAACAUUAAACCCAGACUUCGAUCCCACAGAGAAGCUGUAUGCACACAAAUCAGGCGUGAACUGUCUUGCAAUCGACCAGUUCGAGGGACGGUAUAUGAUCUCUGGAGGCGCCGACCCCUCCAUUCACCUAUGGGAUCUCGAGAGCAGAGGCUCGGAGCUCGAACAUAUCCACCGAGCUUGUGCGUCCGUAAGUAAGCCCUCACACAGCGCCGCCCACACGCACGCCAUAACCUCGCUAUCAAUCUACCCAUUCGACCCCGUCCCAUCAACCAUCUUCUCAACCGCGCACGACGGCACCCUGAAAUGGUCAGCGUUACAAUCCCCCCGAGAUCACACCCCUCCACACCUUCAACCUCGACUGCACACCCUACGCCCAUUCAUUCUCCUCCGCCCCAGCCUCAACGCUCCUACUCGCCGUCGCGACCUCGGACCAAUCGGCCACAAUGCACCCGUUUUAUCCGUCGCAUGGGCACCGCAUAAACCCUACCUCCUAGCAUCAGGCUCCGUCGACAACAGGGUGAUAAUCUUCGACGUCCGGAAAGGAGGCCACAACUCCGCCAUCGCAACGCUAGACAUGGACGACCCGGUCGGUCUCAGUAAAUCCGGCAUCAGCGCCGAAUUCCUACACGGCCCGCGCGGCCUUUUCACCGACUGCGCGCGCACACAAUGGGCCCGUUACCGGCCUGAGAGGGCGCCGGUACUUGUUCCGAAGGGAUUCAUGACGCCGGGUCAUGAGACGCUUCUCUGGCCGAAUUUCAACGAGCAGGAUGAUCGUGGCGAGAUCUUUAUGUUUGAGUUGCGGGAGGGGACGUUUGUUAAACGGCUUAAAUUGCCCGGCGUGGCGAUGUCGCAGUCGCAGGUUCGGGGUCGGGCUAGUGCGCUCAGUGCUGCGCGUAUAACUGAUCUUGUUUGGCGUGGGAAUGGGGCGAGUGGAGAAGGGGUGGAACUCUUUUCUGCGCAUGGGGAUGGGACGAUUCGGUCGUGGGUUUCGAGGGAGGAGGAUGGGGAGUUGGAUGAGGAGGAGGAGGCAGCUGAGGCUACUCGUAAGAGGAAGAGGGAUGUUUUGGACGAUAUCUAUAAGGGAUUUCUUGGGGCUGAGGAGGCGAGAUCAUUUACCUGA